AGUGUAGAUGACUAAAGUAUAAUUUGCAGACUUGAAGUAAAGUAUCUCUCUUGAAGUAUCUCAAUUCAGUAUCUCAGCCUGGGCACUCAGUUGCACUGGUGAGUGGCAUAGAAAUUUAUUCCAUUUAUUCAUUGAUAAUUUAGUUUACGUUACAAAGCAGAAUGUAUAAGCCCAUGCUACGACUGACUGCUAUGGCUGCCAAUUCUACAAGAUAUAACUGCCACUCCCUGGGGACAAGCUCAGAAGCUGCUGCAGGAGCUGUCACUGCCAAGGCUUCACCUGUGAAGAAAGAAAGCCUGAAAGAAUAUUCUGAAAUUCCUGGCCCUUCCCCACUUCCCCUCAUAGGGAACACUCUCUUCUUUCUCUCUCAUAAGGGGCUUAGGACGGCUCUCCUACAAGAAUAUGGCAUUGUGAAGCUCCAGUUCAUUGGCGUGCCCCCCAUGGUGUGCACUACCAACCCUGACGACAUUGAAGUCUUCCUUAAGAGUACUUUGGAGAACCCGAUCCGCAUAGGCUUUGCCAGCCUCAAGAGCGUCCGCCUGCGUGCCAAAGACAACUACUUCAACAAAAAGACCGGCCUGCUAUCUGAGUGAGGAUGCCUUACUAAUGAACGGCGACGAUUGGUGGCAACUCCGUAGCCGCGUGCAGGCGCCGCUGCUGCGCCCCAAAAACAUCGCCAUGUACCUGCCUGCUGUGGAUGGCGCCACCAACAAGUUCUUGGACAGGAUUGACCUGCUGCAGGCCGAGACCGGCCAAGUUCCUUCAGAUUUCCUGCAGGAGCUCUACAAGUGGGCCCUGGAAUGCAUUGGGCUGGUGGCGCUGAACCGCGAGCUGGGCUGCCUGGAGCCCAACAUCAGCCCAGACGCUCUGCCCGUGCAGCUCAUCCGCCACGUCAACGACAUCUUCUCCGCUUUCCAUGAAACUGAAAUGAACUUCCCGUUCUGGAAGUAUUUCCGCACGCCAUCGUACACGAAACUCGAGACUUCGCAUGCUGCCUUCCUCGACUGGUAUGUGCGUCUGUUGUGUACANGAGUGUCGGGCUACAAGGUCCCCGCCGGGGUGAGUGUCGGGCUACAAGGUCCCCGCCGGGUCGUAAGCGCCAUUAGUGUUGCAGUACAAACUGUGCUUGUAUUGCAGACGCUGGCCAUGGGCUUCAAUGCCCUCAUAUCCCGCAUGGAGGAAUACUUCCCGCGGGCCUUGGAGUUCCUGCCGGAGCGGUGGCAGCGCGACCGCCCCUACGGCGCCAUCCAUCCCUUUGCGUCGCUGCCCUUCUCCCACGGCACCAGGAUAUGCAUCGGCAAGCGUCUGGCCGAGCAGGAGAUGUACGUCUUCCUCAUCAGGGUACGUCUUCCUCAUCAGGAUGCUGCAGAAGUACACGGUGACGUUCGAGUCCGACGAGGAGAUGAAGGUGAAGACGCAGCUUGUCCUCAAGCCCGCCACGCAGCUCGCCUUCAAGUUCCACGCAAGGACCUGAUCAUUGGAUUUGGCAAAGGACCUGAGGCACGCAAGGACCUGAUCCUUGGAUUUGGCAAAGCACCUGAGGCACGCAAGGACCCGAUCCUUGGAUUUGGCAGAGGAGUGAGAGGACCUGAGGCACGCAAGGACCUGAUCCUUGGAUUCGGCAAAGGACCUGAGGCACGCAAGGACCUGAUCCUUGGAUUUGGAAGAGGACCUGAGGCACGCAAGGACCUGAUCCUUGGACUUGGCAAAGCACCUGAGGCACGCAAGGACCUGAUCCUUGGAUUUGGCAAAGGACCUGAGGCACGCAAGGACCUGAUCCUUGGAUUUGGCAAAGGACCUGAGGCACGCAAGGACCUGAUCCUUGGACUUGGCAAAGGACCUGAGGCACGCAAGGACCUGAUCCUUGGAUUUGGCAAAGGACCUGAGGCACGCAAGGACCUGAUCCUUGGAUUUGGCAAAGGACCUGAG